CACCCCUCAAGGACUUGGCUGGGACUGGCUCUCGGGCGUCCAGACGCCACCGCAAACGUAGGGUGUCCGCACCGGGGGUCUGCGGGCGGGCCGGGGAGUGGGGUUAUCGGGGACACUUAGAGGACUUUGCAAGGCGUCAGGCCCGCCCUCAUCGCCAGCAGUGUUGGAGGCUGGGGUGGUGGCGCGUUGGUAGCUCCCGGUUGACGUGGAGAAACUGCCCAAGUGAACUACCGCAUCAGUUGCCUAUUUGCAUUCGUCACAGCUUUUCACCUGUUACUGUCUCCAUACUGAAAACGAGGAAACCGUACCUUAAAGAGAGAAAUAAUUUCCCCCAAAGUUAUACAGGGAGUUAAAGUGGCCCAGGUGGGACUGGCCCGGUCGACCGAGUUCAACGCCGCCUUACACCGCCUCAACGUAAGUGGAGGCCCGAACCUCCCUGGCAUUGACAGGGGGUUAUUGUCGAAUCUUGUCAGGUGUUUCGUCAUCCGUGGGAGCAGUUGUUAGCCCCGGGAGCACCGCUCGGGCCCGAACGUGCAGGGGACGAUGCCUCUCCUAACCCAGCAUAUCGAAGAUGAGAAUGAUCAGUACAGCUUAGUGGCCAGCCUUGACAACGUCAGGAAUCUCUCCACUAUCUUGAAAGCUAUUCAUUUCCAAGACUAUGCCACGUGUUUCGCCACUAAAAAUGGAAUUAAGGUUACCGUCGAAAAUGCAAAGUGUGUGCAAGCAAAUGCUUUUAUUCAGGCUGGAAUAUUUCAAGAGUUUACAGUUCAGGAAGAAUCUAUUACUUUUCGAAUUAAUUUAACCGUCCUUUUAGACUGUUUAUCUAUUUUUGGAUCAAGUCCUACACCAGGGACUUUAACUGCCCUUCGGAUGUGUUACCAGGAUUAUGGUUAUCCUUUGAUGCUGUUUCUGGAAGAAGGAGGAGUGGUAACAGUCUGCAAAAUCAAUACUCAGGAGCCAGUGGAGACUCUGGACUUUGAUUUCUGUAGUACCAAUGUUAUUAAUAAAAUUAUCCUGCAGUCAGAGGGGCUCCGUGAAGCCUUUUCCGAACUGGAUAUGACGAGUGAGGUCCUCCAGAUAACCAUGUCUCCUGAAAAGCCUUACUUCAGGUUAUCUACUUUUGGAAAUGCAGGAAGUUCCCAUCUUGACUAUCCCAAAGAUUCUGAUUUGAUGGAAGCAUUUCAUUGUAAUGAGACACAAGUCAACAGAUACAAGAUUUCUCUUCUGAAACCAUCUACAAAGGCAUUAGUUCUAUCUUGUAAGGUAUCUAUUCGGACAGAUAACCGAGGCUUCCUUUCACUGCAGUAUAUGAUUAGAAAUGAAGAUGGACAAAUAUGUUUUGUGGAAUAUUACUGCUGCCCUGAUGAAGUAGUUCCUGAAUCUGAGUCUUGAAUAUGAUAAUUCACUGUGAUAUUUUAUGUGUACAUUCAUGACAGGUUAAGUUCUCAUUCUGAGUACAGUACUUUUUAUAAUUUACUGGAUUUCUAUAGAGAAGAAGCAUGAGAGGAUAGGAGCAAGGUCCCUGUACCCUACCAGUUGCAGUGUAUUUUGUAAAAUAAAUGUUUUUAUGUAGUCCAUAGAA